UUUGUGGUUAGGUUUUUUUUUAUGGACUUUUUGUGGUUAGGUUAGUUUUACAUUAGAAGGAAUAGAGAUAAUUUUGUUAGUAAACAGACUCUUUUUACACUACUUUAUCAGUAAACAGCGCCAUCUACAAGAUAACGGUGAAGCUACAUAUAAAAAUACGCCUCAUUUGGAUGUGAUAUGUGAUCAUUGCGGCUAGUUAAAAAUAGCUAUCUAGUGUGCUAGUAAAACAAUGUCAUUAUUAACAUUCUAUUUAAUGAAAAUAAAGUUCUCUAAUUACCACUUAUUGAAUUAUUUAAUAAAAUAACGUCAAUUUGCGCCAUCUAGCAGCUUCUAGUUGAACUUCUUCGAAUAGUUACUUUGUUAUGAUUUCUAAAAAUACUCGUAGACUUAUUACAAUACAUCUUACAUAGAUGACGCUGUUGUACUUAACUUUGUUCACGGUUUUGAAACCUUUGAAAGCAUUGUGUCCAAGUCAAACUGUCAAACUAUUUACCGCCAUAGUGCAAAUCUGCUAACGUAUGAAAAGUUGAAAUCAAAGCUCGAGUGCGCGAAACACAGGACACAAUAAAGCUUGUGUGUUUGGUUUGUGAUUUGUUGGCGAAUUACGGAUUGAAUCAUAAUUUCAAGUAAUGCAAGUACAUCUUUAGAAAAUUAAUCGCAAUGGAAGUUACGGUUACGCAUAUGAAAAACCCAUUUUCGUUUUUCUUGAAAGAAAAGGGUGAUGAGAGUGAUCGACAACUUUCCGAUGAGGAUCGGUGUGAUCUGCAGAACACCUAUUUGAAAAAACAGUGGUCGGAUGUGAACCACGGAAAAUAUGUUGCUGUAUGGAACCAGGGUAAAUGGACCCGUGGUGUUGUGCACAUGGAGUCUCAAGUCCUAAUCUGGUUGGUUGACUGUGGGUACUAUGUACGACCAGAUGAAAGCAUGAUCUAUGUGGAUUUACCUCGGGAAUUUAAGAAAUUACCUACAAAAGUUUUUGAAGCCAGUAUUCAUGGAGUGGUACCAAUUGAUAAGGCACUCUCAGAUGAAUGUGAGAUAGAAGAUGUCAUUGCUACCACUUGGAACCAUGGGUCCAUUGAAAAGGGCCAUGAAAUCAUCAAUCUGGCCAGAGCUAUUUAUUUUGUGCCCAUAGCCCUGUUAUCAACAAAGGGAAAUGAUGUUGUGCUUGGCGACUUGUAUGUGGACACUCUUAGCCAAGGCGUGGUUAACUUUAUUGACCUGAUGGAGCUGUGGCCCGUGCAUUUGCAGAAGAACCCAGCAGUCUACAUUGAAAAUAUUUCCACGUUUUACUCGAGCCGGCGUAAACACCACGCAUGCAAUCUCAAGCCGGCCAUGCCGCGAGAACUACCGACCCUGACUCCCGCCACCAUCAGUCUCGAGCAGUACGAGGCCAUCGCCAGGGACGCCCCGCGACUCCAAACCCCCGAACACUCCAUCACCGACGAAUGCAGCACCGUCCUCACCAACCAUCACGAUCACCAUCUCACGGCAGACGAAAUUGAAGAGUACUCCAAGAUGUACAUCAAAGUCAAUGGCAUACAGUAUAACGUUUUAAACAUUAUACUUAACAAGUGCCACGAUUUGAGGAUGUGUGAAAAGUAUAAGGAUAAAAAGUCUGUCGGACGGGCGACCUCGCGACGUCCUAAUACGUGUAGCUAUCAACGCCCGAUUUUGGAUGAUAUCGAAGAAUUUGCUUAGACGAUUACGGCAGGCGCUAUACCUCGAGCUUGCCACUCAAGCGCCUACAACUGUCUUGUAAACUGCUUCCAUAGGUAGGCAUAAGUAUCAGAUGUUAUUUAAUAAUUAAGGUUAAGACACGUCCGCCUCCUUGCGAGUUAGGUGUUGCUUUUUUGUAUAAUUAUUAUGGAAAAACUUAUCUUGCGUUGUGCGUAAUAGAAAUAAUUUAUUUGACAACAUAUUUGGAAGUAAAUACCUAAUUCCUUACUUAAUACUUGAAAUGUGCUGGCACUGCUGUCGCGUUAGUUUUUAUGUUUGCAGGGCUAUGAUUUAUUAUACACUCAGCUACAUUUCAUGUUUUUUUUUCAUGGCGUACUUAUAAGUACGUACGUGUAUAAUAUUAUAUUACAUACCACGUUACUACAUUUAAGUGCAAUUUAAAGCUGGACUUAUAUUUUUUGCAUAGCAAAGAAGCAGGUUUACAUUGUGUAGGUACUUUAAGCAUGUUAUUUUCGUAAGUUACUUCAUAGAUAUUUUUUCCUUAUCUUAAAUGGAGAGAAUACUUGUUUGGAGGUUUUCUGACAGUAUUGAUAUAGAUUAUAAUUAUUAUAUGUGAUUGAAAGCAACGUUUAUAAAUGAUGUUAAAAAUUUAAGAAUAUGUAUGAGGAGUUAAUUAUACUUAGGUAUAGCAUGUUUUUGUUUAGAACGUUAUAGUUAAGAUUUAGUAAAUAUUGUUACUAAUGAAAAGUUUAUAUUUUUGUUAAGAAAGUUUUUUUUGUGAGCAUGUGUCACAUAAUAUAGUUUAAGUUGACAUAAUAAUAUGUAUAUGCUUCCUAAUUUUUUUUAUUUAUUUUUUGUUAUACAAAGGCGAUGUUUUUUUUUAUUUUUCAUAAAAAGUACAAGUAAUCUCACUGGAAAUAUAAACCUAACAGUACGACAUAAUAAAAGUUUUUUUGUUAAGAUUAGAAAUGUAAAACGACAAAGAAAUAAAACAAGUUAAUGAUCUUCUUAA